AGCAGCGCAACAAUAGGUUAGAAGAGGCUGGCUUCACUGCGGGUUUCGCGAUCCCCGUUUUAUUUAUCUGAAGAGUGUCACUUUGCGAAGCUGGAAAGAAAAGUUACUCAGGAGUGUGGUUUAGUGAAACACGAGAUAUUUCACCGCUUAUUUGGCAGCCGCGGGCCAGAGAGCUGCCACAAACCUAAUGCAGCACGGACACUGGCGGAAAUGAACGAAGUCCGUCUCGGAGCAGAUAAUGGUAAACAUGGCGGCGAAGGGGCUUCGGCAGCGAACUAGGCGAGGGAGCAGACAAGAUGCCAACAACGUGAACGUUCCUGCUGAGGCUCGACCAGCUAAAGAAGAAAAGGGCAGCGAUGAAAGCAAAAGUGCAGAUACUCGGCAAGAGUCAGUAAGUCGAGGAGGACAGGUAUGGGCCCCAGAAGGCUCAACAGCAUUUAAAUGUCUACUCUCCGCACGGUUCUGUGCAGCGUUGCUCAGCAACAUCUCAGACUGCGAUGAGACCUUCAACUACUGGGAGCCUAUGCACUAUCUGCUGUAUGGCACAGGGUUUCAAACAUGGGAAUAUUCUCCAUUAUAUGCCAUCAGAUCCUAUGCUUACCUAUGGCUACAUGCUCUGCCAGCCUGCUUGCAUGCCCAUGUACUACAGACCAACAAGGUGUUAGUGUUCUACUUUGUGCGAUGUGUCCUUGCCUUCUUCUGCUGUGUCUGUGAACUUUAUUUCUACAAGGCUGUGUGUAAGAAGUUUGGCCUGCAUGUGGGCCGGCUAAUGUUGGCGUUCCUUGUCUUGAGCACCGGAAUGUUCUGCUCAUCUGCAGCGUUUCUGCCCUCCUCUUUCUGUAUGUACACCACCUUGGUUGCCAUGACAGGCUGGUUUCAUGACUCACCACCAUUAGCCAUCAUGGGUGUGGCUGCUGGUGCCAUUGUUGGAUGGCCAUUCUCUGCUCUGACUGGGGUUCCAAUUGCCUUUGACCUGCUGGUGUUGAAGCGACAGUGGAAAAGUUUUAUUACUUGGUCAGCUGUUGCUCUUCUGCUGCUGCUGGUUCCCUUGGUGCUGGUGGACUCAUUCUUUUAUGGCAGACUGGUCAUUGCUCCCCUCAAUAUCCUGCUGUACAAUGUCUUCACACCACAUGGCCCUGAUCUCUAUGGCACAGAGCCGUGGCAUUUCUACUUCAUAAACGGGUUCCUGAACUUCAACCUGGUGUUUGUUCUGGCACUGUUUUCUCUGCCACUCACCGCACUGAUGGAGACACUGUUACACAGGUUCAACGUGCAAAACCUGGGCCGUCCGUACUGGCUGACUCUGUCUCCCAUGUACCUGUGGAUGUUGGUUUUCUUCACCAGACCUCACAAAGAAGAGCGAUUUCUCUUUCCCAUCUACCCUCUCAUCUGCCUCAGCGGGGCAGUGGCCCUCUCCUCCUUGCAGAAGUGCUACCACUUCCUGUUCCAGCGGUACCGUUUGGAGCACUACACCGUCUCCUCCAACUGGUUGGCUCUAGGCUCGCUGUUGGUCUUCACACUGCUGUCGUUAUCUCGCUCUGUGGCCUUGUUCAGAGGCUAUCAUGCCCCUCUGGACCUGUACCCAGAGUUUCACCGCAUCGCCAAGGAUCCUACCCUCCACUCCGUCCCUGAAGGCAGGACUGUGAGUGUGUGUGUGGGAAAGGAGUGGUACCGCUUCCCCAGCAGCUUCCUCCUGCCAAACAACUGGCACCUGCAGUUCAUUCAGUCAGAGUUUAAAGGACAGCUGCCCCAGCCGUACGCAGACAGCCCGUUUGCUACUCAGCUCAUCCCAGACAACAUGAACGACCAGAACCUGGAAGAGCCGACCAGAUAUGUGGAUUUACGGCAGUGCCACUACCUAGUAGACCUCGACACAGAAAAUGAGACACCUCUUGAACCGCGCUACUCAGCCAACAAAGAAGACUGGAACGUCAUCGCCUAUAAACCUUUCCUGCAAGCAUCCAGGUCAUCUCCUCUCUUCAGAGCAUUUUUCAUCCCAUUUCUAUCGGACCAGCACACCAGCUACAGUCGCUACGUCAUCCUGAAACCACGGCGACAGAAGCAGCCUCGCAAGCGGACCCAUGCCUGACCUUUAACCCCCAACCUGACCU